AGUUAUGAGAAAUAACUCGAAUGAAAGUGUGAAACAACAACAACUAAAGCAAAUGCAAGAAAGAUUUUUGGAACGGGGGUAUGGGUUAAGAGUUUUGGAGAGAGCAUUGGAAAAAGCAUAUGUAAAAGCAACCAAGCCCCAAAAUCCCAUCAAGAGGCCAGCGUUGGUCUUCCCUAUUACAUUCCAUAAUCAAGCACAUAAAGUUUCGAAUAUAGUUAAGAAGAAUUGGAACAUGUUGGCAAUGGAACACACUUUACCCAGCGAAUUUAGAGAGCCUCCAAUGAUAUGUUUCCGGAGGAAUAAGAAUUUAAAGGACAUAUUAAUGAAAACCGACCCAGUAGAUAGUUAUGCCAGACAACAGAACCUGCAA